CGUUUCGAAAAAAUGCAGUCAGUAGUUGAGACAUGCUGCGAUUGGCUUUGUCGAUCCUCUGCGCAGUUUGCGUCGGUGCCGUCGAGUUCCGGGAUUGCGGAUCGACCGCAGGCUCGUUCGACCGAGUGGAAGUCGCCAAGUGCGAUGCGUCCUCGCACUCGUGCGUCUUGAGAAAGGGCCACGACGGCUCGCUGGAUCUCCACUUCACCCCGAGUAAAAGGUGCGAAAAGGUGACGGCGAUAGUUCACGGGAUCGUCGACGAGCUGGAUGUGCCGUUUCCGCUACCGAACGCCGAGGCCUGCCAGGAUCCUCAGUCCAAGGUCGGCUGUCCGCUCGAGCCCGGGGUGGCUUCGAAUUAUCACGCAACGCUUCCGGUUCUUCACUCCUAUCCCACGGUAUCCGUCAAAGUGAGAUGGGAACUGAAGGACGAAAACAACGACAAUAUCGUUUGCGUGGAAUUUCCGGUGUCUAUUAGAUAAUGUUUAAUACGUUUUAUUGUUCAAUCUGAUUCAAUGAAUUUGUAUUUAAUUUAAUCAUAAAUUAAUCAUUAAAAAAAUAUAUUCAAAAAAAUGGCUUUAACAAUUUAUAUCCUCAUAAAAUUACGAGCAGAUAGUUUUGAUAUUGCGAUGACGAGAUCGUAAUUACAGUCCUUACGAUGCCAUAGCACUUAUCAUCUCUCCUAACGUUCAU